ACGAGGCCACCCGUGCCCCCUUUCACAGCACAAGGAGUUCCCUAUGUCCUGACUUCCGCGCCGCACCGCAAUGCAUCGGGCUCGUCGGGCCGCCUCGGCCGCUCCAAAAAAACGCGUUCUCUGCGAUGGGAGGGCCUAUGAGAGUGCAAGUUGGGCGCAGCGCGGAGUCAACGAUCGUGAGCCAUGGCGAGGCAGAGUACAAGUCCAGCAGCCAUGGCUUGAUUGAAGCCGUCGCGUUCAUCGUUCACUGGAGAUCAAUCCGAUAAUCUCCUUUGAGUCGUGCUCCGCGUCGUGCCGGCAGCACCUCCGAGGCAGCUCUCAGGCUGGUCUGCGCAGGACCGAACGCGAGUGCUAGUAGCGUCAGCUCCGAGGAACCCUCACAUUGGUUCGCGAAGGACCCAACGCAAGUGCUAGUCGCGGCAGGGUCGGCGGCUCGGAACUGUCGUCAUGGCCGAUCCUCGUCUCGCCGGUGCAGGCGCCGGCGGCGGCGCUGCGUACAGCGUGCCGUGGACUCUUGGCCCCUGCGCGUCUCCCCCGUCCCUGCUGCCCGCGGGUUGGACGGCGUUCCUCUUCCCGUUCUCGCUGCUCCCCACAUUUUAUGCCUUCACCGCGAUUCAGCUGGUGCUGUCAGCCGCAGUGCAGGCCGUGUUCGAGGUGUUGGGAUUCAACCUCGGGUACUCCAAAUUCGCGUCCGCUGCCAAGUGGAAGACGGCUCAGGUACCCUCUCUCUUGGCCUUCCUCCUCUUCUACCUCCCAUCCGCGCUCCUCGCUGCUCUCUUCCUCUCAGCCGCCCUUGGCCUCUCUCCCGCCCGGACCCUCCUCUACGCCACACACAUGGUGCCGGCCACGCCCAUCCCACUCCCACCAACUACUGCUACCUGGACCACUGCACCACCUGCUGCUGCUGCUGAUACUGCCAGUGGUGUCGGUGGUGUUGAGGGUGCCGGGAUUGGGAAGCUGGGGCUAGAGGGAAGCAUGGGUGCGUGGCAGCUGGUAGCAGCAGCGACGAGCAGUGAGCAGUGGCGCCUGGUGCUGGUGUGUGCCGCCUGCUUCGUGCACUAUGCCAAGCGAUGCCUGGAAACGCUCUUCCUCCACCGCUACUCAGGCUCAACGGCUCUGCCCGCAGUAGUGUUUGUUACCCUCGGGUACUGCGACCUCUCCUACGCCCUCCUCUCCGCGCAGUGGAUCACUGCUGCUGCUCUCUCCUCCCCUGCUGCUGCUGCCGCUGCUGGGAGUGCUGCUGCCGCUGCUGCCAGCCUUAAUGCUGCCAGCGCUGGUGCUUCUGCCCCGUGCAGCCUUGCGCCUGCAGCGAAUCUCAUGCCCUUGGGCCUGCUGCUCUUCCUCAUUGGGGUUGCUGGAAACUUCUACCACCACUGGAUUCUCUCACGCCUACGCUCUCAUGGCAGCCAUGAGUACCGAGUUCCUCACGGUGGCUUGUUCCACUGGGUGACCUGCCCGCACUACCUCUUUGAGUGCAUCAACUUCCUUGGCGUCGCAUUGAUGUCGCAGACAGCGAUAGGUGUGGCGGAAUUCUUGUUCACCCUGCUCUACCUGUGUGGGCGAAGCAUCGCAACAAAGAGAUGGUAUCGCAAGAAGAUGGAUGAUUACCCAGCAAGUAGAUGGGCCAUUAUUCCCUUUGUUUUGUAACCUACCGUAAUUGUAAUGAU